CGGAGCUCACGGAGAUGCGCAGGAGUGAAUAGGGAGCAGUACUUGUGGCCGAAGGAACAACAUUUGCAAACUCAGUAAGGCCUAAAAAAAAAAAUCGAUAUCUCGGUGUCCACAGUUCUCAGAAGCUGGGCCAUCUUGUGAGGAGUCACAGAAACCGGCCUGGCCUGGUGUCGCUUCCUCUUUCUGCUUCUCUGUUUCCUAACGACGGCGUCAGCAUAAAUAGGAAGCGUGAGAGGCUCCCUGUUGCCUGGACACUCUGGCAGAAGGCUGAGCAGUCCCCCCGUGAAGAGGCAGAAUCCUGGAGAGAGGAUUCACAGGAGCUGGGGACAUGGGUCUGGCCUGGCCUCCAGCCGGGGAUGAAUGAAAGAUUCCAGGCCAGUGAGGACCCCAGCCCCUGCGCAGCGCUGGACCUACUUGAGCUGGCCACCUGCUAAUCCAGAGCUGUCCCAGAGAUGGUGCCACCCUGGGUGCUGCUCCCCGUUGUCUUGCUGGCUCUGUUCUGGGGGCCCAGUGUGGCAGGGGCCCAAGACACUGUCCCGCUGCAGACCCUGAGCUGCUAUAAUAACUACAAGAGCCACAUCACAUGCAGGUGGGCAAGCACUCAGGACGCCCAGCGGCUCAUCAACCUGACUCUCUACCGGAGGCUGAAUGAGGACCCUCCAAAGCCAGUACCUUGUGACCUCAGUAACGACACGGCCUUGUUAGACCACCCUUGUUCCGGCUGUGUGUCCAGAAGAUGUGUCAUUCCCUACAAGCUUUUCGUUAUUGCUGACAGAGACUACUUCUCAUUCCAACCGGACCGGCCUCUGGGCACCCAGCUCACCAUCACUCUGACCCAGCAUGUGCAGGCCCCGGCGCCCAAGGACCUCCUGAUCAAUACUACCAGGGACCGCUUCCUGCUGACCUGGACGGUGGCCCUUCCUGGUUCCCAGAGCCACUGGCUCUCCAACCUGGAGUAUGAGGUGGUCUACAAGCGGCUGCAGGACUCCUGGGAGGAGGCCUCCACCCUCUACUUCAAGUCCUCCCAGGCCGUCCUGGCACCAGAGCACCUCAUUCCCAGCAGCACCUAUGUGGCCCGAGUGCGCACCCAUCUGGCCCCCAGCUCAGGGCUCUCGGGGCGGCCUAGCCAGUGGAGCCCGGAGGUCUGCUGGCCCUCGCAGACAGGGGACAAGGCCCAGCCCCAGAACCUCCAGUGCUUCUUCGACGGGGCCGCCGUGCUUAGCUGCUCCUGGGAAGUGAGGUCCGAGGUGGCCAGCACAGUCUCCUUCACCCUCUUCUACAAGGCCAGCCCCAAUGCAGGGGAGGAAGAGUGCUCCCCAGUGCUGAAGGAGGAGUUCCCCGGCCUCCACGUCCGACACCGAUGCCAGAUUCCCGUGCCCGACCCCGGGAACCACAGCCAAUACACCGUCUCCCUUCGGUUGAAGGAGGAGGAGAAGUUUAUAAAGAGCUCGGACCACAUCCAGAUGGCUCAGCCGACACUCAAUGUGACUAAGAGCAGAGACGGCUACACCCUGCACUGGAUGGCAGAGGAGAUGCUCUACAAACACAUAGGUCACACCUUCCAGGUCCAGUACAAGAAAGAUGCAGCCUCAUGGGAGGAGAGCAAGACGGAAACCCUCCAGAACGCCCACAGCAUGUCGCUGCCGCAACUGGAGACUGCUACCAGGUACCAGGCAAGAGUGAGGGUCAAGCCCACCCCCAGCGGCUACAACGGUAUCUGGAGCGAGUGGAGUGAGGAGAGCUUCUGGGACACCGAGUGGGUGCUACCCAUGUGGGUCCUGAUGCUCAUCCUGGUCUUCACCACUCUGGCGUUGCUCCCCGCCCUGCGCUUCUGUGGCAUGUAUGGGUACAGGCUGAACCGGAAGUGGGAGGAGAAAAUCCCCAACCCCAGCAAGAGCCACCUGUUCCAGAACGGGAGUGCCGGGCUCCAGGUCCCAGGCAGCGUAUCGGUGCUCAUCAGCAGGAGCCCCCCACACAAGGAGCUGCAAGGCAGCUUCUUCCCUGAGCUGGAUGGCAUGUUCCCUGUAGACUACAGACACAACGAGGUGUCGCCUCUCACCAUGGAGGAUCCGAAAGAUGCCCGUGAAUCACCAUCGGAGCCUGACACAACUCCAGCCUCCUUGGACCUGUACUCGGAGCAGGCCCACGGCCCCCAGCCAGGCCUGUCAGCCCCGGCAGGCAGGCCCGAGAGCCAGGCUUCCGGCUUCCACUUCAAUGGCCCCUACCUGGGGCUCCCCCACAGCCACUCCCUGCCUGACGUGCUGGGCCAGCCGGCGCCCCCACAGGCAGGCGUGAGCCAGAAGCCGCAGUCUCCGGGGUCCCUGGAGUACCUGUGUCUGCCGGCGGGGGGGCAGGUGCAGCUGGUCCCACUGGCCCAGGUGAUGGCACAGGGCCAGGCCAAGGAUCUGGAGAGAACCCCUGGCCCGGGCGCAGAGGGGAACCCCUCCCUGGAGUCAGGGGGAGGCCUUGCCCCUUCUGCACCUGGGCUGAUGGUAGACGGUCAAGGCCCAAAGAACAGCCCCAGCCCGAAGGACGGGGCCCUCACAGCUCAGCCCGCUGGCUCCGGGGGCCCUGAGGAUGGCUUCCUGGCCUCUGGCUACAUCACCACUACAGACCUAGCUCUCCCCUUGCCCACGGGGCUGCCUUCUGUCUCCACAGUUCACCCUCCGCACCUGCCCUCAGACCAGAACCACAGCCUCGAUCUUGGAGUGGUUGGCGGGCCCCAUGCAGGCCCAGCCCCCAGCAAGCCAGAAAUUGAGGGCUAUGUGGAUGUCCCUCCAACCCCAGGCCAGUCUCCCAAGUCCCCUUUGGGCAGUCCUGCCCCUCCUACAGCCAGCAGCCCCAUCCUAAGCCUGGGGGAGCCCAGAGCAGAGGGGGCCCCUGCCUCCCCACACCCCGAGGGGCUCCUGGUCCUGCAGCAAGUGGGUGACUACUGCUUCCUCCCUGGUCUGGGCUCUGGCCCUCUCUCACCCCAGACGAAGCCCUCUUCCCCAGGACCCUGUCCUGAGAUCGGGGACCCUGACCAGGUGUUCCAGGCCAAGAAGGCCCUGGGCCAGGCCAUUCCCCAGAUGCCAGCCAUCCGGCACUUCAAGGCCCUCAAGCAGCAGGACUACCUGUCACUGCCCCCCUGGGAUGUUGGCAGGCCUGAGGAGGUGUGCUGACACCCUCCAGCUCCUAGGCACAUGAGUGGGAGGAGGUCUACCUCCCCUCCCACCGUUGGACCAGAUGGAGGUGGGGAAGUAAGUGGGCCUCCUCCCUUCUUACUGGACCUUCAGCCAAUCGAUUCUCCUCUCCCCACUGCCUCCCUCUCUCUCACAGAUAGACAGAUGGACACAGACACACGCACAUUUUUCUUUCACAUUAACUUACUUUUAGGUUCUAAAUUAUUAGAGCUUCCUGUAUACUCAUUGUAUUUGCCCCUGGUUUUUGGGUUUUUGGGGUUUUGUGUUUUGUUUUGUUUUGUUUUGUUGUGUUGUGUUU